UGUUUUGUUUGUCAACAAUUUGAUCAGCGCAAUCUGUUUAGAUUUUCCCCUAUUUUGUCUGAUAUUCAUUGAUUUGUUGGUAAUAUUUCGUUGGUACAAUAAAACGCUACUGAAAUGGAUGAGACGUUCUCAAUAAACUUAAAAGAAGUGAAACAGGAUCUGAUUCUGGGAAUUAUCGAAUGUAACAAAAGAGGGCUGGUACAGAGUGCCAAAUGGCUUUCCGAACUGAACCACGGUUUAUCGGAUGUGCAAGUAAAGUUAACUGGCAAAUCGUUUGAAAAUCUACACACCGGUAUUUCCGAAGAAGAGUACGAUAACUAUGUUCUCGCUAAGAGCUAUUUCGAUGUACGGGAGUAUGAUCGGUCAGCUUAUUUCACGAGUAACUGCACUUCGCCGGUUCCCAAGUUCCUUCAUAUUUAUGCGACGUACAUGUCGAAAGAGAAAAAGCGAUUGGACAACAUGAGCGAUAAUUCGAUUGUGAAUUCUAACAGUCACGUAAAGGAUUUCUCCGAACUGUUAGCGUCGUUAAGAACGGAUCACGGGCAACGUAAAUUGGACGGAUAUUGCCUUUACUUAUACGGAGUUAUUUUGAAGAAGCUCGAUUUGAAUCAAAUGGCAGUACAAAUAUUCGUGGAAGCUAUAGCUGCUGCUCCAACCAUGUGGGGAUCAUGGUUAGAACUUGCUCCGCUGGUAACGGACAAAAACAUGUUGCAAAAUCUAAAGCUGCCUAACCAUUGGAUGAAACAAAUAUUCAUUGGUUACACUAACAUUGAAUUGUUUUUGAACGAUGAAGGGAUCAAAAUAUUUGAAAAUUUGCAAAUGGCUGGAUUUGGAAAGUGUAUCUUUAUCCCGACUCAGCUCGCAAUAGCGUUCUCCAAUAAACGAGAUGUAGACAAAUCGAUUGAAAUAUUCCAGCACCUCCAUGAAGUGGAUCCAUUUCGUUUGGAUAAUUUGGAUUCAUACUCCAAUCUACUGUUCGUCAAAGAUAUGAAAACCGAGAUGGCACACUUGGCCCACAAAGCUGUGGACAUUAACAAGUACAGUCCUGAGACGUGCUGCGUGGUGGGAAAUUAUUACAGUAUACGAGCAGAUCAUCACAAGGCAGUGGUGUACUUUCAGAGAGCGCUAAAGUUGAACCCAAGAUACCUAUCUGCUUGGACGCUGAUGGGUCACGAGUUUAUGGAGAUGAAAAAUACUAAUGCAGCUAUCCAAAGCUACCGGCAGGCAGUGGAGGUAAAUCGGAGAGACUUCCGAGCAUGGUACGGACUUGGUCAGGCUUAUGAAAUUCUCAAGAUGCCAUUUUACAGUUUGCAUUAUUAUAAAGCUGCCCAACAGCUGCGUCCAUAUGACAGUCGAAUGUUGGUUGCCCUGGGUGAAACCUACGAGAAGCUGGACAAACCUGCUAAUGCAUUAAAAUGUUAUCAGAAGGCUUACAAUGUUGGGGAUAUAGAAGGAGUAGCGCUCUACAAUCUGGCUCGAUUAUACGAAAAGCAGGAUGAAAUCGAGAAAGCAAUUCCCGCUCUUCUAAGAUUUUGUUCUGACGAGAAAACCAUUGCGGAUAAAAGUUCUCUUUGCCAUGCUUACAUGACGUUGGGAAAUUUCUACGAGAAGAAUGAACAAUUCGAUAAAGCGUCCCACUUUGCGUACAAAUGUUUAGAACACGAAGAAACGAAACGAGAAGCGGAAGCGCUUUUGAAGACGAUUGCUAACAAGCGAUCGCUGAAGGCUGCAGCUGCCGCAAGAUCUGCUGCAACUGCCGGCAAGGGAAAGGCCACUGAUAUUGACCUGGAAGAGGUUGAAAUGGAUGAGAGCAACGUGAGCAGAAUGGUCGAUCUGGUGUUCAACCAAGACGAUAUUUCAGUGUUUACACAAGAUGAAUUACAGCUGGAGCAGGCAGCAGAGUUGGAGAAUUCUUCGUUGUCUAUUAUCAUGGAGGAUGGAUCGAAUGAAUAAAAUGGUUAGUAUAGUUUUAUUUACCUUGAA